AUGGCAACGGCUCCGUUCAUUCACGCGCGCUGUUCUUACUCGUCUCGAAUCUCCAAUUUCAUCAACAAGAGUGGCUCACAACAAACCCCUAUCGCUUCUUCUUCUUCUUCGUCGUCUUCUUCAGCCUCCAAUUCUGGUUUCAAUUUAUCUUCUGGUACAAACAGUGGACAGAGACACCAGGGCCUAAGAGCUCAAGCUAUGAGUGCUACCACUAAUGGAAACUCUAUUUCCAGCAUGGGAAAUUCUAGGAAUGACCCAGAUCAUCUCCUUGUUCUUGUUCAUGGUAUCUUGGCUAGCACUGCGGACUGGACUUAUGCAGAAGCAGAGUUGAAAAGGCGCCUUGGAAAGAACUUUCUAAUUUUUGUAAGUUCAUCAAAUACUUAUACCAAGACCUUUACUGGGAUUGAUGGAGCUGGAAAGCGAUUAGCCGAUGAAGUUUUGCAAGUUGUCAGAAAAACAGAAAGUCUAAAAAGAAUCUCCUUUCUGGCCCAUUCUUUAGGAGGCUUGUUUGCUAGAUAUGCAAUUUCUGUCCUCUAUUCACGUGAUUCCUAUAAUAGGGACCAACCCGAUGAUCUUGCACACAGCACGGAAGGAAAUUCCCAAAGCUCAAGCUUUUCGAAAGGAGGGAUGAUUGCUGGGUUGGAGCCAAUCAGUUUUAUUACUUUAGCUACUCCACAUCUUGGUGUAAGGGGAAAAAGGCAGCUUCCAUUUCUGUUGGGCGUCCCUAUACUAGAAAAGCUUGCUGCACCUAUGGCUCCUUUAUUUGUUGGUCGGACUGGUAGUCAGUUGUUCCUUACUGAUGGUAAACCCAACAGACCGCCUCUUCUGUUGAGAAUGGCUUCUGAUUGUGAAGAUGGAAAGUUUCUAUCUGCACUUGGAGCAUUUAAAUGUCGCAUUAUUUAUGCUAAUGUUUCAUAUGAUCAUAUGGUUGGAUGGCGCACAUCCUCGAUAAGGAGGGAAAUGGAGCUCAGUAAGCCUCCUCGCCAAUCUUUAGAUGGAUACCAGCACGUGGUUGAUGUUGAAUAUUGCCCUCCAGUCCCUUCUGAUGGCCCUCAAUUUUCUCAAGAAGCAGUGAGAGCAAAGGAAGAAGCACAAAAUGCACCUGGUACCCAGAAGACUGUUGAAUAUCAUGAAAUCAUCGAAGAGGAGGUCAUACAAGGAUUACAACAGUUGGGAUGGAGAAAAGUUGAUGUCAGCUUCCAUUCAUCAUUCUGGCCUUUCUUUGCUCAUAACAACAUUCAUGUUAAAAAUGAAUGGAUUCACAAUGCUGGUAUAGGAGUAAUUGCUCAUGUGGCUGAUAGCUUGAGACAACAAGAAGCAUCCUCAAUAUUGACCGCUAGCUUGUAA